AUGACACAGCACGAAUCAACAAAGGAAGAGGCACAAAGGUAUAGUAAAAUGUAUUACAAAUUGAAGCAAGCACCAACGACGUACAUCCCGUCUCUGAGCGAGCGGACGAAUCCGAUCCAGCUCUUUGCAAAGCUGGAGGAUUUCUGCUUCUUUUUUGGCGAUGGACUGCAAGCCGAAGCUCGUCGGCAAUGGAUCCCUCCGCCUGCUGUUUGGAUUGCGGCCAACACCUUCAACGGCCUCGUGGACCGCCGCAGGAACGGCAUCGCUGUAAGGGUUUGGCGAGGUGGAGAAAGCUAUUCCAAUAAGCAAGAAGAAACGCAAGCGGCGAAGCGUGGGAUACGGUGGGAACCGUGGGAUACGAACUUGUGGGAUACGGUCCUCGCUGGAGCGCUGAAAGGAGCCGUAAAGGGCGCCUUGGUCGCACUAGGGCUCAAGGAAGCAGAAACGAUUGCGAAAGCAUUGUUCGAGUUGAUCCUCGGCGGCGGCAGUGAACCCGAAAUAUCGACACAGUUGGAGCAAAUCAAGGAAGCUCUCGAAGACCUCGACCACAAAAUCGACCAAAACUUCCAUGCCAUUAUGGCAGCCAUCAAAACGAUGCCAGCGUGGGAAGCGCUCAAUAACAUCAACACCGACUACGGCUUGAUGUCCACUUACAUGGAGGCGGCAUACGCCAAGGCGAACACAUCUCAAACGGCUUAUAACGACCUGUACAACCAUGCCCUGAAGGUGCAGCAAUGGGCCCCUACAUACGCCAAUACCAUCUACGAGAACAUGGUCCAUGACCCCAGUAUGGGAGGAUUGAAAGCGAUCUGGACGUCUGCCUUGGAUGUUUACAGGGAUGUCCGUACGGCGGCUACACCUUCAUCAAAAGCUUCUCGCUUCAUUACGCCGGUGGGGUACGGAAAGCCGCAAAUCUCCUCCAUUUCGCUUCCCAAAGGUAUCACAGUGAACGAGGCUGUCAGGAGUAUCGCCCUCGGUUUGGAAGCCCAACUGGACACUUGGGACGCCUACUUUGAGGUCGGUGGGGAGGUAGCCGACGGAGACAACACGAUUACGGUAAACGACCCGGUGCUGCACCCUACGUACUCGCGGUGGGGCCGCGCAUUGCUGAACGCGUAUAACACCACGGGCACUCCACAGGCCAACUUCUUGUGGCGAGUCCCCGGUGACGAGGAGAGCGCGACCCGCCACAUGGUCACGUCCUGCACGACUGGAACAUAUAUCACCCACAACCGAGAUGCUGAGGCAUACAGCCGCGACGAUGCGCAGGGGGCCUUUUUGAAGUGGGCGGACGCGCCCGUUACUUUCGACAAUCCCGAGCCAAACGAAACCUUCCAGCUGACGGUGGAUACAAAGCUGAACAGCUUCCACAUCAGGACCUUUCCCAAGCCCGGCUGCACGGACCAGAUCAAAGAGAAUUUGUUCAGGGUUCAAUAUUUGUUCAAAGAGAGUUUGCACAUCGGAGACUAUCCCGAUUUUUACGCAAGUUGCCAAGUAGGCGAGGAGGAGCCGGAAUGCCCACCCGGCGAGAUUUGCAAGUGCAACACGUUCUAUUUCACGCUGAACGACAACGGACGGUUCCAAGUUCGCAGCAACUGGGACGGUUUCAAUGAGCUUCCCCGUUACCGUCCGGUUCUCUACUGGGAUUUUGAGGAGCCUAAGAACGGCAUCUGGGUUCAGGAUGAAGGCGACGGCGCAGCCGGAGCCAAGUACGAAUUCUAUUUCGAUCCAGUCCCAGCGCCAGAACUAUGA